UGGCUUGGUCUCCUCUCCAUUCAGAGCUUUUUAAAACCAGCAGGACCCAGCAGAAGAAGCCAGCCAGUCACCUUUCGCCUGGGGGAAAGGGGCGCCCGGACGGACGGCUGGUGCCAGGAAAUUUCUUUGCCUCCCACUGAACUGACUUCGUCCACAGCUGCUGGGUCCAGGGGUCCUCCGUUAUGCAUUCGCUGUUCAAGAAGAGAAACAAAGGGAAAUACAGCCCGACAGUGCAGAAGAAGAGCAUUUCCAGCAAGGAGUUGUCAGAACUGAUCGAGAAGUUACAGAAAAAUGCUGACCAGGUGGAGAAAAACAUUGUGGAAGCGGACACAAAGAUGCAAAAUGACCUGCACAAGCUCAAGGCUGGCCAGCCUGCCCAGUACAAGGACUACACGGCGGACAAGCUGAUAGAGUCUGAUAAGCUCCUGUACGUCCUGGAUGGGGACGCGGCCAUCGCUCGACACAUGAAACACCCGCAGGGGGACAUGAUCACCGAAGACAUCCGGCAGCUGAAGGAGCGCGUGGGCAACCUGCGUGUGAAGCAUGACCAGAUCUACAACUUCACCCUGCAGGAAAUUGAGCCACAAGUCAACUGGGCCACCGUGAUCGAAGAGAAGCAAGAAAUACUGAGCAGCAAGGGCUUUGGGACGGACCUGCCAUCCGUCAACGCUCAGGUGGAAGAGCACAACAUCUUCCAUAAUGAGGUGAUGGCUAUUGGACCGCAUAUCAGCAAGGAAGGCGACAAGGAAUAUAUGAGUGGGCUGCAGGUGAAAUACCAGAAGCUGCUGUCAGGCUCCCAGCAGAGGCAGCAGGACCUGAACUCGCUGCAGGAUUACAUGCAGCGCUGCACCAACAAACUCUACUGGCUCGACCAGCAGGCCAAGGACAGGAUGCAGUACGACUGGAGUGACCGUAACCUUGACUACCCCAGCAGGCGGCGGCAGUACGAGAAUUUCAUAAAUCGGAAGUUAGAAGAGAAAGAGGCAGCCAUCAACAAGCUGCACGAAGAUGGGAAUAAGCUGUUGUCUGGAAACCAUCCAGGCAGGAUCCCCAUCGAGGCACACAUUGAAGCUGUCCAUGCCGACUGGAAGGAGUAUCUCAACCUGCUCAUCUGUGAGGAGAGCCACCUCAAGUUCAUGGAGGACUUUCACCAGUUCCAAAAAGAUGCGAAGGAUGCGCAAGAUCUCCUUAGAAAAGUGGACACCGACCUGGACCAGAAGUAUAGUCCAGAUUUCAAGGACUGGUACCAAAUUGAAUCAUUGCUGCAGGAGUUAGAGGACCAGGAGAAGGCCUUGGACAAGUACGACGAUGUGGUAAAGUCCCUGCAGAAGCGCAGCCAGCAGGUGCUCCCGCUGAAGUACCGCCGGGAGACCCCGCUCAAGCCCAUCCCAGUGGAGGCUCUCUGUGACUAUGAAAACGAGCAGUGCCAGAUAUACCGUGGAGCCAGGUACACAGUGCACAAGAACAGUGGAGAUGUCUGGGAGGUCACCGAUGGUGUAGGGAGCGUCAUCAGUGCCCCGGGCGUCUGCUUCAUGAUUCCCCCUACAGAUCCAGACUCCUUAACCCAGGCUGACAACAUUGCUGCUCAGUAUCAGAGCGUGAAGCAGAAGACAGCCGGCACAAAGAACCUCCUGCAGCAGCGCUUUGCUGGACUGAAGGCAGACAGCACGGGAGAUGCAACGUCCGUCCAGGGGCGGCAGCUGCUCGCCGGCCUGGAGAGGGUGAACAGUGAGCUGGAGAAGCAGGAGAAGGCCAUCACCGUCAACCUGCGCCCUCCGCUGGAGCAAAGCCGAGCCGUCCAGGACAGCGCAGAGCGGGCCAAGGACCUUAAGAACAUCGCCAAUGAGGUUCGGCGCAUCGAGCCCGAGAAGGCGCGCAAGAUCCAGGAGUGCGAGGCCUUCCUGGAAUCGGUGCCUGAUGCCGGCAGCACCGCUUUGGUGAAGAACAAGGCAGAGGAAACCAACAACAAGUACAACCGCAUCGUGCAGCUGCUGGGUGCGGCUCAGGACAAAGUGGAUGUUGCCAAUCACCUUGAGAGGAGACUGCAGCAAGGGAGAGACCUGCUUUCCGGGUAUGAGAACAAACUGGCCAUCGAAGACACGAUUCCAGAGGACAUCUCUGCCUUGGAGCGCAAGAGAGAGGAGCUGCUGGCCUUGGGUUCAGAGCUGCAGGCCCAGCAGCCCUUGCUGAGUGAGGCCGAACAGGACCUGCAGAAGGCCAAGAAGUGUUCCAGCAUCCUUGCCAGCCAGUUCCAAGAGCACUGCCCGGACACUGAGCGCCAGGAAGCCGAGCUCCACAAGCUCAACCAGCGCUUCGGCAACCUCAAGAAGCAGAUCGAGCACAGGUCUCAGGUGCUUGACAAAGCAAAGCUGGCCUAUUCCAGCUACCGCAGUGGCUGUGACAACCUGAGCCAGUUCCUUUGCAACGUGCCUAACUAUGAGCCACAGGAGACUGACAACAUUGGCCAAGUGGAAACCAAGCUGAAGAACCAAAGGUCCCUUCUGGAAGAAAUUGCAAGCAAGGAUCAGGAGGUCCAGAAAGUGUCUGCUGAGGCUCAACAGUACCAGCAGGCAGUGAAGGACUAUGAACUCGAAGCAGAGAAGCUGAGAUCCAUCCUAGACCUGGAAAGCGGUCGCAAUGGCUUCCUGAGCAAGCGGCCUCGACUCCAGUCUCCAGCAGCAAAAGUGAAAGAAGAGGAAGCCCUCCUGGCUGCCAAGUUCACAGAGGUGAAUGCCGUCAACAGGCAGAGGCUGCAGAACCUGGAGUUUGCCCAGAAUCUCCUGAAGCAGCAGCCAGAUAUCCAUGUGAUGCAGGAGUCCAUCCAGACCAGCAAGUCUGAGAAGCCGCUGGAGGAAAUCUGGAAGUUAAAGAAGGAGCUGGAUGAUGAAAGCCAGUGCAGGCAACAGCUAGAGGCAGAGAUCAAGGUCAUCCAGGAGAAUAUUCUUCUCCUGCAGAACCAGAAGCCACAGGAGACGGUGGUCAAGAAGGAACUUGUGAAGAGAGUGCCUGACCCGCAGCUAGAUGAAAGCUUCCACAAGGUGCAGCAGAAUUUGGCUGAGGAACAGCGCAAGAACCAGAUGCUACAGGAAGAACUGGAGGCUUUGAAGCUUAAGUUGCGAGCCCUGGAGCGUGAGAGGAGAGAAGGGGGACAGGAAUACAUGGUCAAGGAGGUCCUGCGGAUUGAGCCAGAUAAAGCUCAGGCAGAGGAAAUUCUGAAGCUGAAAGAAGAACUGGAGGGACUUAAGAGGCAAGAAGGAGCCCGGGAGAGCGAGAUGGUCCUCUUGCGCCAGCAGAUUGCUGCUCUUUCUGGGGAGAAAAAUAAGGAACAGGAGAAAGUGACUGAAAAGGAAGUUCUGAAGCUGCAGAACGAUCCCAUGCUGGAGAUGGAAUAUCAGCAGCUGCAGGAGAACAAGCAGCAGGAAACUGCCCUGAGGCAGCAGCAAGAAGAAGAGCUCUCCUUCUUGCAAGCUAAACUGAAGCGCCUGGAGAAAGAGCGGGCUAUGGCAGAGGGCAAGAUCACUGUUAAGGAGGUGCUGAAAGUGGAAAAGGACCUAGCGGCGGAGAGGGAAGUGAACGAGCUGCGGCGUCAGUAUGAAGAGGAGAAGGCCAAAGGGCGCUCUAAUGAGAGGGAGAAAGCUGACCUGCUUAGGAAGAUCCAGGCUCUGGAAGAGGAGAAUGCCAAAGUGAUUGUCCAGGAGAAAGUCCGGGAGAUUGUUCGUCCAGACCCCCAGGCUGAAAAUGAAGUGGCCAAUCUUCGUCUUCAGCUGGUGGAGCAGGAGAGGAGAUACCAGGGUGGAGAAGAGCAACUGAAGAGCUGCCAGAAUGAGCUGGCUGCUCUGAGAAACAGGGGACCACAGGUGGAAGUGCAAGAGGUCAUCAAGGAAGUUAUUAAGUACAAGACUGAUCCAGACACCGAGAUGGAGCUGCAGCUUCUCAGGGAUGAGAUUGUGGACAGGACCAGAGCAAUUGAGAGAGCGGACCUGGAGAUCUAUCAGCUGAAGCAAGAAAUUCAGGUGCUGAAGGAUGCCAGGCCUCAGGUCCAGACCAAAGAAGUAGUGCAGGAGGUGCUGCAGUACCGGGAAGACCCCCAGACGAGGGAAGAAGUAGCGACCCUGAGAGCUCAGCUGGCCGAAGAGCAAAAGAAGCACAUGGACCUGGAGAGAGAGAGGCAGCGGCAGGAGGAGGCGAUCAGGCAGAAGGAGGAGGAGCUCUCCCAGGUGAAGGAGAAGGUGGUGCAGCAGGAAGUGGUGAAGCUUGAACAAGAUCCUGCCUUGAAAGCUGAGGUCAACUCAUUCUCACAGAGCAUAGAGAAUGAGCUGCAGCAGAUCGAUUCACUUCGGAAUGAGAUGCGCAAGCUGCAGCGGAGGAGGUCGGAGCUGGAGCGCCAGCUGGAUGAGCUGGAGAAAGAAAGGAAGGCCCGCCGGGAGGCAGAGUUGGAAGUGCAGCGGCUGAGGAUCAGACUGAGCGAGCUGGAGCAACAGGAGAAAGAGACGACAGAGAGAGUCACUGUGAAGCAGAAAGUCAUCCUUCAGCAGGACCCACAGCAGGAGAAAGAGCAUGCCCUACUGAAACUGGAGCUGGAGGAAGAAAAGCACCAGAGACAAGUCCUGCAGGCUGAGCUAGAAGCCUUGCGGAAGAAAUUGCAGACACUGGAGAAGAUGGAGGUCAAGGAGAAAGUUGUCUUUUCAGAGAGUGUCCAAGUAGAGAAAGGAGACACCGAAUAUGAGAUUCAGAAGCUGAAGAACAACCUGGAGGAAGAAAGCCGUCGGAAGCUGGAGCUGGAUGCAGAUAUCAACAGGCUGGAGGCUAAACUAUCAGAAGUGGAGUUCAACAACUCCAAGUCAUCCAAGGAACUGGACUUCUUGAGGGAAGAAAACCACAAGCUACAUCUAGAAAAGCAGAACCUGCUGCUGGAGAUGAGGAGGCUGCAGUCAGAGAUAGAACUCACUGAGACAGAAGCCCGGGAUAUAAGGAACAUGUCACAGACAGGCAGUGGUACCAAUCUGGACUCCCGGUUUCAGGCUUUGGAGAGGGAACUUGAAGAUCUUAAGAGGUUAUCUCGUGAAAAAGAUGGUGAGAUUGAACAGCUUCAGAACCGCCUCCAGACAGUGGCCAUCAAGAGAGAGCAAAGAGAGAAUCAUUUGAGGCGUUCCAUUGUGGUCAUUGAUCCAGACACUGGGAAAGAAAUGUCUCCAGAAGAGGCUCACAGGUUUGGGCUCAUUGAGUGGAGUUUGUAUGUCAAGUUGAAAAAUCAAGAAUGCGACUGGGAGGAGAUCACCGUAAAAGGGCCCAGUGGAGAAUCUUCAGUCAUCCUUGACAGGAAGUCAGGGAAGAAGUUCUCCAUUGAAGAUGCCUUGAAGAGUGGAAGGUUAAGCACAGCUCAGUAUGACAGUUACCUCAACAAGGAAAUGUCUAUUCAGGAGCUGGCUGUUCUGGUGUCUGGACAAAAGUAGCUGCUUUGUCUUUGAACAGGGGAUUUUUUUUUUAAAAGAACAAUUCUUACGCAGCUGGUAUAAAGCUGCACUACUUGUUACACAUGCAGAGUUCUCCUGCCUGCUCCUUCCCAUGGGGCCAAUGGGUCAACAGGCAAGUGCCUGUUUUCAACACUAAGGUGCUGUCAAGCAGCACUCGCUUGCUUUUACCCAAAACAUAAAAGCCUUGCCUGACUCAAGGCCAACAGUGCCUUUGCUCAAGGUUGCAUAUUAUCUGCCCCCACCAGUGACAAAUGUCUUUAUGCUCUCUGAAAAAAGUAGGCAAAGCCUUGAUGCAGAUGACCACUCUACAUAUUCUGUUUGUUAUUGCAAGUUCUUUCAGUCUCCACCAAAAGAUCCCUGUUGUGAAGAAUCGGAGUUGAAAGCUAGGAAGAUUCCAGCCAAAUCUCAGCUUAAAUGCUGAGUUCAUGAGACAGAUUCAGGAAAACCUGUUUUUUCGUAACCCUUUGCCCUUCACAUCUGCAGCAUGGGAAUGCUAUGCUACUUUAAAGGGCUGUUGUACGGAUGGUUCAGUGUAUGUGAAAUUAUCUGAGCAUUCUAAAGCGCUGUAUAAAUAGUGCUGUAAAACUGCUCUGCCCUGAAGGCAUUUAAAGGCUGGAAAAGACAACCAAAGACUGGACUAUCCAGUUAGAUCACUCCAGGAGCCAGCAGCUGACAGGGAUAGCAGUCUGACAGAUUUUUUCAAAAAGCAACAAUCACUGAAUGUAUAGGUGCUUAAACGCAAUACAACUCUUCACCAUAUAAUCAGAUACUAGCAUGUAGGCAGACUUGACGCUGGGUCUCAGCAGCAUUUAAGGAACAUGCCACAGGAAUGUGUCCUGUAAUUCUAUUGCUCAGGAGCUCUUGACCAUUGAGGUGGAAAAUUGUAUGCAUGUGUAUGUUUUAGAAAGGAUAUUUUUUUUCUUCCAAGUUAUGCUUAUGUAAGUAUCUCCUCCUUUCCUUAAAAAGCAUCGGGGAUCAGCAGAGCAUACUAAUGUAACCAGACCCACAAAGUGCCUUCUUUCCUAAGUUGUAGUUAUAAAGAUAUUUGUGCUGGGGUUUGCUUACUUAUAUUUGUAUGUAUGCAGGUAUUUGUUGUAGAAGGAAAUGGGAUAUUUUAUUUAUAUGCCCUAAAUAAAAAUGCA